GGAAGUUGCAUGUAAAGAAGGAUGGUUCUCCAUCCACCAUAAACAAAUAUGGUGUUUGCUUUUAGGGGCUUCCUAUUUCAAGCGAAGAAAUUUGUGUUCCCCUUUCUUUUGCUAAAGGAAGACGAUCUGGUGCCGAUAUCUUUGCUGAGGAGAAAGGAAAAGAAAAGUUUUUGCAGAAUCCUAUGUAUGCGAAGAAUUCAACAGACUGAACUUGUAACUUAUGAUCCAGAAUUUGAACGGAUUUUAAAAAGAGUAACAAGGAAAAGAAGAGUUGAGUUCGACGUCUUGGGAGACCAAGGAGAAGCUGUUAGAACUAUCAGAGAUUAUUUCGAACCAGUUGUCCCUACAACCCAGAUGGGCAUUGCUGAAACCCCAAUUAAUGCCAGUAAUUUCGAGCUAAAACUUGGUUUAAUUCAGAUGGCACAGGACCUCUGUUAUACUGGGCGUGUUAUGCCCUAGUUUAUUAUGUGUGUAUUUUGUACUUUUAUUAUAUU